UACACAUUAAAAAUAUCGGUUCGAUGGCCAUUGUAGAGCAAAAUUGUGGUAAAUGUGUUGAAAAGAACUUUAUGUGGAGAAGCCAACCUAUGGUUUUGGGAAGAUAUCCAGCUGGAAAUGUUAUGACUAGUUUUGGUAUAUUGAUGUCUGGUGUCAGUAUAAGUCAAGCCAUGCUGAUGUUCAAGCACAUGAAUCUCUCAGCAAAUAGUGUGUCCACUUAUCAUGUGCAUCAACGCACCUUCUUGUUUCCAGCUAUUCUGAAGCAUUGGGAAAGCUAUCAGUUAAAGUUAAUUGAAGAUGUGAAAAAAAGUGAUGCGGAUUUCCAGACAUGGUCAGGAGAUGGAAGCUUUGAUUCUAUGGGGCACAGUGCGAAAUAUGGAGUCUACACAAUUUGGAGCAACACAACAUCAAAGCUGGUUCAUUUUGAAUUGCUUCAGGCCAAUGAAGUUGGUAGCAGUAAUGCCAUGGAACUGGAGGGAGCAAAAAGAUCUUUUCAGUUUCUUGAGAAAUCUGGGCUUACCAUGGAUGUUUUCAUCAGUGACAGGCACAAAGGGAUUGCAAAGUGGAUCCGAAACGAAGAAACAAAGCACUUUAAUGAUAUCUGGCAUGUAAAUAAAAGUAUUGCUAAACAACUUAAGAUGGCAGGCAAAGAGAAAGGGUGUGAAAUAAUCAAUGAGUGGUUGGGUGGUAUUCGCCGACAUUUGUAUUGGAGUGCUCUAACUACUAUACUUGGCUUUGAAGAGCUUAUCAUUGCUAAAUGGAAAUCUACUGUGAGACACAUGGCUAACAAGCAUGAUAACCACCCUGAUGCAUUAUUCCCAUCGUGUGCUCAUGGUCAGAUCCCAGAGCGGAAAUGGAUACCAAUAGGUAACUUAAAAUACUCAGCUAAUGUGGAAAUAGAAUAG